AAACACCCUGAAAAGAAACUGACAGUUACUGUAAAUAAUAGUAUCUCUGUCACAGCUUCACGGAAAGUCACAAAACUCGCAAUAGACGAUGGAGGAGAUGAAGAAGAGGAAGAUGGACGAGAUGAACAACGGCCUGCAACUUGCAACGUCGUCGUCUUCUUCUUCACAGGAACACUUGCGUUCGUUACUUGAACCUCUCUCUAAGCCUCAGCUCGUUGAGCUUCUCUCUAGAGUAGGGUCCCAAUAUCCUUCGAUUGCAGAAGAAAUUAAAAGUAUUGCCAGUGCAGAUCCGGCUCAUCGAAAGCUUUUUGUUCGUGGCUUAGCUUGGAAUACCACUUCAGAAACCUUGUGUGCUGCAUUUCAAGUGCAUGGUGAGAUAGAAGAAGGGGCUGUGAUCUAUGAUAAAGCAACAGGAAAAUCGCGUGGCUAUGGUUUCAUCACAUACAAACAUAUGGAGUCAACUCAGAAUGCUCUGAGAGCACCAAGCAAAUUAAUUGAUGGUCGAAUGGCUGUUUGUAAUUUAGCCUGCGAGGGAUUAACUGGAGCAACCACAGCUGAUCUAGCUCAGAGGAAGCUGUACAUUGGGGGCUUGUCACCAGAGAUCACAACAGAGAUGCUGCUUAACUUCUUCGGGAGGCAUGGAGAGAUUGAGGAAGGCUCAGUUGCAUAUGACAAGGAUACAAAUGAUUCACGUGGGUUUGGCUUUGUCACAUAUAAAACAGUCGAGGCUGCUAAGAAAGCCAUAGAGGAUCCACAGAAGCUUCUUGGGGGGAGAAGUAUUACUGUGAAGCUUGCAGAUACCCACAAGGGUAAACCGGUACAGACACAAGUAUCUCCAGCAAUGAUUAAUUUAGCCGGCAUACCUUUGGCAGCUGGAUACCCACAGCCCGGAAAAGUGCAUGCCAACACUCCCCCUGUUGGCUACAAUUAUCCUCAAAACAUAGCAUCGUACCCUAAUUCUUCAUAUGCAAGUCCUCCUGCAGUAGCUGCACAAUAUCCUGCACAACCUCCAAUUUCAUAUCCACCAGUCCCCAUAAAGGACCCUUUGGGAAUUCCGUCAACUACACCUGUGGGAAUGGGCGGGUACCCUUAUUACCUCGGCAAACAGUAAUCAAUUUCCAUGGUCUAAUGUUGUACCAUGGCGUUGUGGAUACGGAUAAAGGAUGAGCUCUAACUAGCUGUUUGGGCAAUGAAGAAGAUGAAGUUCUGAUAAUGGCAAUGUUGAUGUUGAAGAUGGUAGCAGUAAUAUUUUAUUGCAAGGCUUCUUUGUAAUAUUAGCCGUUUGUAGUAGAAUUGGUGAUGGUUGAGACAACAUUUAGAGAUCUAUUGUUUAGCCAUAUUUUCUUUAGUUCUAACCUUUUAUAAGGUGUCAAUGUCUUGAAGUUCUUCGUCGUGUUGAUCACUGAUGUUCAAACAUGGUUGGCUUUUGCUUUGUUUUUGCUUGUAUUUUAGAAAGUUUAGGAUGCAGUCGCACCCAAAAACUGUUUUAUCUUCGUUUUUAUGACAUUUAAAAGAGCAAUACAAAAGAAAAAAAGGUGAAAUUUUAGGGUUGUCGGUUA